GGAGGCCGGGGAGGAGCCGGGGCCUGCAGCGGAGCAGAGCGGAGCCCGAGCCCCGGCCGAGCCUUGACACCGUCCGUCCGCCUCCUGGUUCCCCGGGAGCCCGGACUGGCCGGAGCCCGAGCGGUGGCGGCGCGGGGGAGCGGAGCGGACGGGACGGGACCAGAGAGGAGGCGCGGCCGCCGCCGCAGCAGUGACGGGCGUCGGGAGCCGCGGCCUCCCGGCCCCAGCUGCCCAGGCCAGCUCCGGGAGAGCGGGGAGUACGAGAACCCCACCCUCGGGGGCGCCCCAGCAGCGGAGGCGGGAGCGGGGACGGGAGCCACCUCUCCCCCGGCCGGAGAGAUGACCCUUCGCGUUCGGGCGAGGGAAAGAAGAGACCUCUCUAGGGGACGAGUCUCUUCUUCCUAGAGGCGAGGAAGAUCCCCGUACCGGCCCGGGGAUGGAGCUCCCGAAGUAGAGAGGGGUGAUCCUUACCAAAGGCGGCGAGUGAGACCGCCCCGGCGAGCCUCCACUCCUCCAAACCCUCUCUCCUCAGUUCUGGACUUUUGAGGCAUAAAGGAAGGGGGCUAUGCCUAUGGAGUAGACACCCUCCAUCCCGUCCACAGGGGAGAGGACUCCUUACCCUCAGCGGCAGAGGACACUCCAGGGAGAGAAGAGGACUCGGCUCCCAGCCUUUCAGGAGAGGGGAAGAACUCCCCCCAACUUCCCUGUACCUAGACAGUGGAACAGGGCAGAGCCCCUCCGCUCAGAUCUCCAGCGGACAGAAAGAGCCCUCCACUCCCGACAGAUUCAGUUUGGGGGGGAGGGGGACUCCCCCAAGGGGGAGGAGACAACUCCCGGUUGGGAGAGGCUCCUCCCCUCGUCCCCAGGGUCACCGGCCGAGUGUGGGGACUGUGCCACCUUCCCCAGGUGGGACCUCCUUCUCCUCCCCCUCCCCCGCCCCCCGCUCCUCCUCAGGGGACCCGGUUCCCCUCCCCAGCUUGGGAGGCUCAGCCAAGUACAGGAAGAGCCACUGAGGAUGGGACUCCUCAUCUGCCUCUGAAGAGGGGAGUUCCUCCAACCCCAAACUCCAGUACCAAGUGGUCCUCUCCCUCUGCUGGGAGAGACUUGGAGACAGAACCCAGAAGUACCAUGGCUUCUGACCUAGAGAGUAGCCUCACCUCCAUAGACUGGCUCCCCCAGCUGACCCUCCGGGCUACCAUCGAGAAGCUUGGGAGUGCCUCCCAGGCUGGGCCUCCAGGCGGCAGCCGCAAAUGUCCACCAGGCUCACCCACAGAUCCUAACGCCACCCUGAGCAAAGAUGAGGCAGCCGUCCACCAGGAUGGCAAACCCCGAUACAGCUAUGCCACCCUCAUCACCUAUGCCAUCAACUCCUCUCCAGCCAAGAAGAUGACCCUCAGUGAGAUUUACCGCUGGAUCUGUGAUAACUUCCCCUAUUACAAGAAUGCUGGCAUUGGUUGGAAGAAUUCAAUUCGGCACAACCUUUCUCUCAACAAGUGUUUCCGGAAGGUGCCCAGACCUCGGGAUGACCCUGGGAAGGGCUCUUACUGGACAAUCGAUACCUGCCCUGACAUCUCCCGAAAGAGAAGACACCCUCCCGAUGAUGAUCUAUCCCAGGACUCACCAGAACAGGAGGCAAGCAAGAGCCCACGGGGAGGCGUUCCAGGGAGUGGAGAAGCCUCCCUGCCUCCCGAGGGGAAUCCUCAGAUGCCACUUCAGAGCCCCACAUCUAUCGCCAGCUACAGCCAGGGCGCAGGGUCUGUGGAUGGCGGAGCAGUGGCAGCAAGGCCUCCAGGCCGAGAGAGCACCGAGGGUCCCCCUCCCCUGUACAACACCAACCAUGACUUCAAAUUCUCCUACUCAGAGAUCAAUUUUCAGGAUCUAAGCUGGUCCUUCCGCAACCUCUACAAAUCCAUGCUGGAGAAGUCCUCUUCCUCCUCUCAGCACGGUGAGUCUGGAGUGGGGAGGGGAGCAGAGACGUCCUUGGUUCUGGAGGACAGCUGUUUCAAGAGGCGGGCUGGGUCAUUAGUUUCACCGCCGCCGCCUCCGCAGCCGCAGCCGCAGCCGCCGCAGGCACCCGCCCAGGGCCCCUCCGCCGUGGGCAGUGCGCCCCCGCUGCACACCCCAAGCCCAGAUGGUUGUGCCCCACCAGGGGGGAAGCAAGCGGGGGCCGAGGGCUACGGGCCGCCCCCUGUCAUGGCCAUGCACCCACCUCCGCUGCAGCACAGCGGCUAUCACCCUCAUCAGCACCAUCCCCCACCACACCCUGCCCAGCCGCCGCCGCCGCCGCCGCCGCCGCCGCCGCCGCCGCCGCCGCAGGCACAAGGCCAGGCUCCCAUCAACAGCACUGGCUUUGCCUUUCCUCCUGACUGGUGCUCCAAUAUUGACUCCUUAAAGGAAAGCUUCAAGAUGGUGAACCGGCUCAACUGGUCCAGCAUUGAGCAGUCACAGUUCUCAGAGCUGAUGGAGAGUCUGCGGCAGGCAGAGCAGAAGAACUGGAGCCUGGACCAGCAUCACAUUGCCAAUCUGUGUGACUCCCUCAACCACUUCCUCACUCAGACUGGUCACGUGCCCCCUCAGGGGGGCUCCCACCGGCCACCCGCCCCCGCCCGCAUUGCCGAUUCCUGUGCCCUCACUAGUGGCAAACAGGAGCCAGCCAUGAACCAAGUGAACUCUUAUGUGCACCCUCAAGCCCCCCACCUCUACCCGGGUCCAUCACCAAUGUACCCACUUGCCACCCAGGACUCAGCAGGAUACAAUCGCCCAGCACACCACAUGGUCCCUCGGCCACCAGUUCCACCUCCUGGGGCCAAUGAGGAGAUCCCCGAUGACUUCGACUGGGACUUGAUUACCUAGUGCAUCUGAGAGCCCGGCCAUCAGCCCGGGGCUGGGUGGUGAAGUCUGGCAGUGGGGAGAGCACAGCCCCAGCCCAUCCCUUCCGCCCUUGCCUAUAUAUAGAUAUAUAUCCUCUUUUUUUUUUUUUUUUUUUCUUUCUCUGCCAGAGAAGCCACCGCAAGAUGCUGCCGAAGAUAACCCCCUCUUUUCUGCCUCAUUCUUCCUCUUCCUUCUUGUUUUUUUCCUAAUUCUUUUAUUAUUAUUCUUAUUAUAUUAUUAUUCUUAUUAUUGGUUAUAUGCUGUCUCCGGUCUCCUGUCCCUCCACCAUGGACCACGUCCACCUCUUGCUAAUUUAAAAUCAUCUGGCUGGAAGGUGAGGCCAUGAGCGCCGCAGAGAAAGGUCUCAAACUUUGAUUUCCCUUUCGUUUUGGGAAAGUCAGCGCUAGUCCUGCCUUUCAGCCCCACAUUGUUUUCUGUGGAUAUCCGUUCGAUCCAGGACUGGAGAAGCCACAUUAUCAAGUAGAAGGGAUCUAAAACACUGCUUGGCAACCAUGAAUUUGCAGGUUUACUCAAUGGUGCUAAUUUUGUCCUCUGAGCUCUUCCGUGUCCCUUUAUUUCUCCAAUCCUACUUCUGAUCCUCUUACCCCAUCAAGGGUAAGAGUGAUGGUGACGGCAAUAAAAUCCUAGUGGAAUAAGAGGUCUGGGUUGGGUCGGGUAGAAUAUCGUAGAGGGGUGAUGGAAUAUAAAACAGUCAGAAACUGCGUCUGUGCUACUCUGUCAGAUAAACUGCCAUUGGCUUAUUCCUGGCCUGUUCUCUGUAGGAGAUAGAGUCGGGCUUAGCCAGAUCUCUGCUUCUCUGGUGGAAAUGAGGACAGCUCUUCAGCAUAGGUUCAGCUUUUUGGAGAUGGUUUCAAUUGAACCAUUUUGACUUUUUAAACAUCAUUUUCUCUGGAAAUUAACUGUGGCUUUUAUUUGCAUUUACCAAUUAUCCUUUCACCCCCUUAUCUCAUUCAGCAAAUAUUAUUUUGUCCUCCUUCAGUUGUCUGCUCAACUCUGCCACCCAUGGUAUUUUCUUCCCCCAUUUUCUGGCAUUCUCAAGAAAGGAGAGUAACCCAUUAUUCCUUGUAGUCUCACCAUGUCCUAGGGCAAGAUGGGAAUCUCUUGCCCACCCAUCAUGGCAGAACCAAACCUACAGUACUGGUGGCAGGAGGGUGCAGGGAGGAGAGGGGAGCUGGCAUAGACAUGGGUGGAGAAUAUUUCAGUUAUUUCACAAUGUAGGCAAAUGCUUCUCUUGGAAUCCGGAUCAUUGGGGCUGAAGCUUUUGCAAUUAGGCUUUUGAGGGGUGAAGGGAAAUUGGUAGAGGGGAAUAAGUAACCUAAAGCAAAGAGUUCCAUGAGGGCCAAGGGAGACCCCCCCCCCCCCCAGAGAAAGGUACAGGGAUAACUUACCUCCUUUAACAAGAAGUGGCCAUGAUUUAUUGCUGCAGAGUACUUAGUGUAUAUUUGAUAUUAAUCAUUGAAUUUUAGUUAUGAGAGGGAAGAACAGUUUUACUUCCGUUUUUAUUUUGCUGAAUGUUCACUUUCUCAAAGCUGCAGGACACAAUGUACGGAAUGGACAAGGCCGCUCUCUCUGUGAUUUCUGCUCUGUGUUCAUAUUCUUUUAUUUACCCAUGCUUUCUGCUCUCCUGCUUUCCCCCCUCAUCCGCCCCUUCCUUUCUUUGUAAGGGAUUCUAUAUGAGAGCUUGUUGGAGACGUCCAGUGAGGCUGAAGUCAGGGGGCAAGAAAGGGCAGUUAACUAAACAGCACUUUAUUUCUUUGAAGUUCUUUGUAAGAAGUAGGGGUGCGAGCGGUGUGAGUCCCCCACGGUGGCGGAGCGCAGUUAGCGGGGUUGAUGUAUGCCGUAAGAUUUCCCCUUGGGAAAAGGAGAAUUUCUCUUGAGGGUGGUGACACGCCUUUGCCCGGUGUCCUUAUCUGAGGCGUGUCUUCCUUAUCCUUCCAGUCAAGGUGCCUCCUACAUACAACUUCCCAUCUGUUCUCCCUAAGAUUCCCCCUUGACAAAUCAUCACUCUUUUCUAAACCCCUUUUCUACCCAGAUCCAUACAGGAUUUGCAAGGGUAGACUAAAUCAGACAUGUAAAUGUCUCUUGUUUAUAUUUCAUCUGUGUCUUCUGAAAACGAGGGUCAUUAAGAACUCUGGCAGGCAGCCAGAGUAACCGAAGUCUGGGGCUAGGGCUGGAGAUUGGCCGUCAGGCCUUCUGGGAUUUUAGCUCCUCUCCACUAAACCCAGCCUUGCUAAAUGGCACAGGACAAACCUGACCCUCUUUGGGCCUUGGUUUCCCCUCCCCUCCAUGAAAUGGAAAGAAUCCUACUUUGUCUUGUUGGUCCAGCGUUGCUGGCCGUGAAAGUUUUGUCGUUGUUGUCUUGGGUGAUGUGUGCAAAACUGCAGGAGCUCACUGCCUAAAAGAGGAAGUAAGAGAGGAAGUGGAGGAGAGGGACGGAAGGAGCAAUUCUUUGGUAUUGAUCCACCCAUCCCUGCCUUUCUCUCUUCAACCCCCAUGUUUCUGGUUUGGUGAGUCCUUCAUACCACCCAUAAUGCUUUGCAUUGGUGCAGGCUGGGGCGGGGCAUGUAUGGUCUCACAAGUUGUUGUUGUUUGCAUGCUUUCUUAAUAAAAAAAAAAA